AUGAGCGAUCAUCACUCAGGACCAAUUCACGCAGAGCCGCCGGCGGCUCCCAUAGACUCUGGUCACCAUCACCAUCAUCAUCACCAGCAUAACUACCACCUUCCGGAAGAUCCCUCCAUAAUUGAAGUGGGAUCGCGUGGCGACUACGGCAGUGUACCACAGAAUGCUAUAGUCGACUCCGGACUCAAUCGAAGAGCCAUGUCGCGCUCACCUUUGGUAGUCAUUGUGCUGGCAGCAGUUGCUUUCCUGACAUUGGCAUUCUUGAAUACCUCCMACAGGCUGGGCUAUCCUGCUUUCGACAUCUCAUCCACAGAUCCUAAUCAUAAUUCACUGCCAGACAAGUACUCACCCAAAAUCGAUGGCGACAGUUAUCUCGUUGGAGUUGGCAAAGCUGAUAUCACUGGCCCCGUCGUGGAGAUUAACUUCAUGGGCUACGCCGACCCGGCACAAGUUGGUAGUGGGCUUAGACAGCGCCUAUAUUCGCGAGCUUUCAUCGUUGGAGAUGUCGCAACACCAGCAGAUCGUUUCGUCUACCUAGUUCUUGAUACCCAAUCUGGCGAUACUGCAAUUCGACAUGGCAUCCUUCAGGCGUUGAAGGAUCUCRGGGGCGACUUUGCUUUAUAUGGCCAACACAAUGUUGCUGUCACUGGUACCCACUCGCACAGUGGUCCUGGAGCAUGGCUCAACUACUUGCUACCGCAAAUCACGAGCAAGGGCUUCAAUAAGCCUUCAUAUCAGGCCAUUGUUGACGGAGCAGUUGCCUCUAUCAAGCAGGCUCAUGAAGGGCUCGCUCCGGGUCACCUCCGAAUCGGCACCACCGAAGUUUAUGAUGCCAACAUCAACAGAAGUCCAUAUGCCUAUCUUGCGAACCCCAUCGAAGAAAGAUCGCGCUACAAGGAUGACGUUGACAAGACUCUUAGCAUGUUACGCCUAUCCCACUCAACAGAGUCUGGAGACCGUGACAUUGGGGUCUUUACGUGGUUUGCGGUACAUGGUACGAGCAUGUUGGGCAACAAUACUCUUGUCACCGGCGACAACAAAGGCGUUGCUGCUGUGCUUUUCGAGAGGUCCGUUGAAGACCCGUCAUUCGUCGCGGGCUUCAGUCAGUCCAAUGUUGGAGACACGUCUCCCAACGUACUUGGCGCGUAUUGCGAGUUCGGGGAGCAGCAAGGCCAAAUGUGUGAUUUCAAGACAAGCCUGUGCGGUAACAAAACGCAGCCUUGCCAUGGUCGAGGUCCCCACUUUGGCAGGAACGACGCAGGAACUGCCUCCAGCUUCGAAAUCGGUACCCGCCAGUUCAGCGGUGCUCGAAAAUUGUUUGAUGAUCAGGAAGCCUUCAUUCCGGUGCAAGGAAGUAUUGUGAAGAGCUUGCAUCAAUUUGCAGAUUUGAGCAAUUACCGAUUCAAGCUUCGCAACGGCACUUCUGUGCGUACCUGCCCGGCUGCGAUGGGAUACUCCUUUGCUGCUGGCACGUCGGACGGCCCUGGUGCGUUUGACUUCAAGCAAGGCCAACCCAACGAUCCUCACGCGAAUCCACUGUGGACUGCUAUUGGCUAUCGUCUACAYACUCCAAAUGACACGCAAAAAGCGUGCCAGCGCGAGAAGGUCAUUCUUCUGGAUGUCGGUGAAAGCAAAACGCCAUACGAUUGGAGCCCCAACAUUGUGGAUGUUCAGCUUCUGAGGGUCGGCCAACUUUUCAUCAUCGUGUCUCCUGGCGAGGCCACUACCAUGUCGGGCCGCCGCUGGAGGGAGGCCAUCGGAGAUUAUGCCAAGAAUACGUUUUCAGAGCUUGAGAAAGACGAGCAAAGCCCCUUCGUGGUGCUUGGAGGUCCUGCCAACACGUAUUCCCAUUACAUCACUACCCCUGAGGAGUAUUCCAUCCAACGCUACGAGGGUGCAUCUACACUUUACGGACCGUGGACUCUGGACGCGCACAUCAAUUUAUCACUUAGUGCGCUGCCAUACCUAGCGAAGUCUGUACAGGAUCUACCACCUCUGGAUCUUGGACCCAGUCCACCAAUCUACGUCAACAAAAGCUUGACCUUCAUCACGCCUGUUGUGGUUGAUCGAGCAGGCUUCUUCAAAAGCUUUGGUGAUGUGAUCGCUGACGUAGACCCACUUUACCUUGCAGGCGACACCAUAUCGGCCAAGUUCGUUGGUGCCAAUCCACGCAACAACCUCCGUUUGGGAGCAACUUUCGCAGCGGUAGAAACUCUCCACGAAGAGUCGGGACUUUGGGAGCGAAUUCGUGACGACAAGGACUGGGGUCUUGUCUAUGACUGGAAACGUACGUCCACGACGUUGGGAACCAGUGAAGUUACGAUCAGCUGGGAGACGAAGUGGGAGACAGGAGCUUGGCGAGAGGAGAACGCCGACAGCGCAGAGAUUCAUGGAGACCUGUUGCAUAGAGACAGCUCUCUACAAGGUCGCUACAGAUUACGAUAUUACGGAGAUGCGAAAUCGCUGGGAGGCGGCAUCACGCCGUUCGAGGGAAUCAGUGCUGAAUUUACGAUUGCAUGA